CUCGGAGCCAGUGGGAGAUAUGAGGGGAAAAUAACGCGCAGCUCAGAGCGCUUUAAAGAACUGACACCCAACUACAACCCCGACAUCAUCUUUAAGGAUGAGGAGAACACAGGUGCAGACCGCAUGAUGACGCAGCGUUGUAAGGAUAAGCUGAAUUCUCUGGCCAUCUCAGUGAUGAACUUGUGGCCAGGUGUGCGUCUGCGUGUGACAGAGGGCUGGGAUGAAGACGGCCAUCACUCUGAAGAGUCUUUGCAUUAUGAGGGCAGAGCGGUGGACAUCACUACCUCUGAUCGCGACCGCAAAAAGUACGCCAUGCUGGCCCGUCUGGCAGUGGAUUCUGGGUUUGACUGGGUCUACUAUGAGUCCAAAGGUCACAUACACUGCAGUGUCAAAUCAGAUCAUUAAGCAAGUCAUCUUUCCCUGUCAUAAUCAAAUGGGACUGCAAAGCAUUUAUAUCUAUUUAACCUAUAAUGUAUAUUAUGAUGUAUAUAUAUAUUGUAAUAUCUACAAAAACUGGAGGCCAAAAUCAAAAGAGGCAGCACUAGUGGAAGUGCCAGUCAGUUCAGAAACAGUGCACUGGGAGGCGCUCCUUCAUCAACAUCCCAAUGAAAAGAUAACCGGUGAAAAUGCUGGAGUCUUGCAACAGUUGGAUUCACAUUCAUACACUGUGUUUGUUGUGCUUAUUUGGAGUCCUAUAGCAACCCUACACCUAUACCUAUCCCAACACCUAAACCGAACCCUAACCACAAAGAUGAAAAAAGAUAACUCAGUAGCAGCAAAAACAGGAGGUUGUUUUCCUGGUGGGGCUUUGGUGACAAUGGAAGACGGAACGCAGAGACCAAUCCAUGAGCUUCGACCAGGUGACCGUGUUCUGGCCUCAACAGGAAGUGAUGGGACUGGGGACCUCAUUUACAGUGACGUCCUCACCUUCCUGGACCGUAGCCCUGUUAUCCAGAAGCUCUUUUAUGUGAUCAGGACAGAGGAUGGGGCCAGCGUCUCCCUAACGGCCGCUCAUUUACUGUUUGUAUGGUUUGGAAACUGCUCUAGUGAGGCCCAGCAAAUGACAGGGGCCCUCCAGACAAUAUUUGCCAGUGAUGCUCAACCAGGACAGUUUUUGCUGAUCAUAAAUGAAGGGGAACUCAAGAAGCGUGUUUCACGUAUCACUGAAGUAGAGGUGCGGGAGGACCAGGGGGCUUACGCCCCACUCACUGCCCAUGGGACUUUGGUGGUGAAUGGCGUGAUGACCUCGUGUUACGCAGCGGUGAACAGACGACAGCUAGCUCACUGGGCAUUUUCUCCUCUCCGCUUCUUGUACAGUUGGACCGGACCGGAUCGAAUCUAUAAGAAUGGCUUACACUGGUACUCUCAGGUCUUACUCAGUGUGGGAACACUACUGCUAGAUUCAGAACUCUUCCAUCCUUGGGCCUUAGAAGAUAAAGAAAGACAAUGGAUUGAAAAGAAAAGGAGAGAAGGGUAAACUAAGAAGACAAAUGAAAGAUAGUGGGAUUUAAAUUGUUGAAAGCUCAGGGUUUUGACUAUGGGUAUAAAGUGGGGAUAAGAAAAAAUGAGAACCAAAAGACAAUAUGAGAACCAAAAGCAGGACUUUAAAGUUGAAUUUAGUAAUUUAUGCACCAAAAAAAAAAAAAAAAAUAUAUAUAUUUUCCAACAGGUUUCACAAAACACUAUACCCCUGACUUUUAUUUGGCGGCCAAACAGAUUGGCCCACCCCCAAUCUCAUGGCAUUGGUAGAGCCAAUGCUGGUGGGUCGGGCUGGUCGGGAUGCUCAAACAAACAGGGCAAUGUUUUGAUUGUGCCACAGAGCCCCAGUAUUUACACUUUUCAGGAGAAUCAACCUAAGAAUGGAUAACUGAUUGUUGUCUAUGCAUAUUAAGCUGGGACAGGAAAAGGUAUUUUAACAAACUUACUUUUGGUCAUUUUACAAGAAUUGUGUGGGUGAACACACAUUGUUUGUGCCUUAUGUAUAUUUGUGACGCUAUUCCCAUUAUCCAUAAUUUUUUUCUCCUUUAGACUUUAGACUACAACUAAUUUAAUAACUUUUAAAAAGUUCUUAGUAAUAUUAUUACGGUAAUAAAGUAUGUUUAAGGUAUUUGAGUAAAGUAUUUAAAAAUCUAUUUUUUGAAAUUAAACUUUGUACAAAGUAUUCCUUUUGUCUCUUAAUUGAUCUUUGCUAACUGCUGUUUGAAAUCUUUUAA